AUGGCUUUUAAGUUUACUCUUGUUGUCCUAGCUUGCGCCGUUGCAGUAUGCAACGCUGAAGCACCAUUUAGAGGAUAUAGUAGCAGACAGCAAGCAGCUCCUUACCCAGCUUCUGGAUUUAGACCUGAUCGGACAUUUGAUCUUCCCACCGGAGAAGCUAUUGCCCAGCAAUUGAGAUUGGCUCAGAUUAAGAAGCUUCAGCAGGAGUAUUAUAUACAACAAGAACGAAUUGUUAGUCAACAACAACAACAACAGCAGCAACAACAACAACAAACUCCAAGUCAAUAUUAUGGAACUCCUUCAGAGAGUGAGUCUUCUCAAGCUCAGUUUCCCCAACAGCCUUCUGGAUUAUACGGUGCCCCACAACAAGAAGAAGCUUCAAACUUGAGACCCUCUGACUUUGUUCGCCCUCAGCAACCCUCUCAACAAUAUGGAGCACCAGAAGAGACCUCCGCCUCUCAAUUGCAAGGACAGUUCUUGAGACCCCAACAACAGCAAACUUCUCAACGUCAAAUUCAAUUCCAACGUCAACAACAACCAUCCCGUCAAUAUGGAGCACCAAUCAACAAGGCAGUAGUUCCCGAAAGUGCUAGUGGUGAAUCCCUCGAAGAAAGCAAAGAAGUUGAGAAUGUUGUAUCUUCAGAUAAGAAAUCCGGUCGUUUGACCCAAGAACGUGAUACUGAAAAUGAUGAAGCUGAAACAGCAACCAAAACUGCUGCUACUGCCGUACCAGCUGGAUAUGUGUUGGUUCCAAUUGCUGCUGCUCCAGCAGGAUUUACUCCACAAAAGUUGGCUUUGCUACAAGCUGCACCAGCUCAAGCUGCCUUUGCGAAAAUACAAUUACCAAGUUUAGUUGGUUUGCCACAACAAAAACUGAUUGCUGCCCCACAAUUGUUGGCGCAACCAAGUUAUUAUCAGCCACAACAGUUUGCUUUUGCUGCACCUUUGAGGGCUUGGUAG